AUGAUUGUAUUUCAGUCCUGGGUUCUUCUAGGUGCCGUAACCAAGUUUCCCGACACCAACGUCAACUAUGAGCACGAGCUGGCUCAAAUCGACUUCAUCGUCCGUCGCGAAACUGAAGAUUGGAAGAGCAUUACAAUCACCAAGAAACGCGAUGGUACCAUUAUGCGAUCGCACCUCACUCCAAACGGUCUUCUUUUUUUGACACUGUCUGACGAGACCUGCUCCUUUGAAGAGUUCUUCCCCGGUUUCGAGGAUGCAACUGCGCAUGCUGACUUCACUGACCUUCCGCUAAGACGGCCCCUCACCUACACUUCUCAGAAUAAUUGGAAGGCCACUGUUGAUGCCUACCAAGAAUGUCUCCAUUGCGCAUACGCGCACCCGGAGUUUGCAAAGACAUUCAAGCCCGCGGGUUACAAAGUCAUAAAUAAGCACAAUUACUCGCAGCAUAUGGCUACUGCCACUGAUGCUGACGAUGGCCUAUUCUUUUUCCUUUUCCCCAAUUGCUCUUUGAGCUUGUAUGCUGGGGGUUUGACGUGCUGGCGCAUUAAUCCAUCUGAGAUACCUUGUCAGGCCCGCAUGGAGUUUGAUUACUAUCACAAGGCUCCUGCUGGGAGUGAUGAGUUUGAGAAGUGGUAUGACUUCACGCGAAACGUUGCCGUUGAGGAUAUUGAGCUUUGCGAAAAGACUCAGGCAAAUCUUAAUGUUGGUAUCUACUCCGAAGGUCUGCUGAAUCCACUAAAAGAGAAUGGUGUUAUCUCUCAGAUGGAAAAAGACGAGACUACGCAGUCCACAGUAAAGCCAUCCGGGGAACGCCAACUGCCCUUCUACAAGGAUCUGAUGGGCUACUGA